UCACACUGCGGAGGUCUGUACUGUAAGAGCGGUCACACUGCGGAGGUCUCUACUGUAAGAGCGCUCACACUGCGGAGGUCUGUACUGUACAUAGUACUGUGCGUAGUGGAUUCUGAUGAUGAUGGGAGUAGUGGGUGUAGCAGAUGAUGUGACUGCUUUCUGAUUGGAUGACGUCUCUCAGCUGAUGCUCAGUGUUGGGUGCGGCUGCUUCAUGCUGGAUUCAUCCUGAAGGGUUGCUGAACCUUCCUCAGUCCAGCGCUUCCUGGGGGGCAAUGAGCGGAGACCGUGAUCUGGGUUGUCAGUAUCGCAUCGGAUUCCCAGGGGUCACGGAACCAACUCCAAGUCUGAAGGGCCCAUUCAAGCGCGACUACCUGGUGGAUGCAGCCAAGCAGCUGCACGUGGCGCAGGAGCGAGAUGCCAACGAGGAGUAUGAAGCGGCCUUCAGCCACUACAAGCACGGGGUGGAGCUGCUCCUGAGUGGGGUGACAGUGGACCCGAGCAGAGAGAGGCGCGAGGCAGUGAAACGCAAGAUCUCACAGUACUUGAAACGAGCUGAAGAAAUCUUCAACUGCCACCUGCAAAGGCCUGUGGGAAACGUGACUGGUGCAGCAGAGGGUUACAGCAGCCUCAGAUUCCGCCCCAUCCGCGUCCUGAGCGCUGCAGUGGAGAACCUGAAAGGCUGCCGAGUCCUAGAGAUCAUUGAUAAGGUGCAGCUGGUGUAUGACCCGACCUCAAGGACAAGGUUUAUUCUUAAGUCUCUGAUGAAGUCUGGUCGUUGUGGCCACGGAGCAGUCACGGUUAUUCCACAGGGCGUCCCCUUCAUGGUGCCGCUGCAGAAGUUUUACGUUGGUGAAGACUCCCUGUAUCUGCGGCUGCAGCACGUUCCAGGAGGACGUCUGUGGGGACAUCUCAAGAAGUACCAGGUUCCCAUCAGUCACUGCAGCCCUUCACAGGACUGGGUCCAGGGGGUGCCGGAGUCACAGGUCAGACUUUGGGGUGCCCAGCUGACCUUGGCACUGGACUCUCUUCACCAGGAGGGGGUUCUGUGCAGAGAUCUGAAUCCCCGCAAUGUGCUCCUGGGAGACACUGGGGACGUGCUCCUGACAUACUUUGGCCAGUGGCGAGAGGUGGAUCACGUCUGUUGUCCUGAGGCUGUGGAGCAGCUGUACGUGGCACCAGAGGUCCUGGGGGUGGCUGCAGUGGACGAGGCCUGUGACUGGUGGAGCCUAGGGGUGCUCCUCUACGAGAUGAUGACUGGACAGCCCCUGUACAAGACCCUGAUGUCAGGGGUCAGCAGUCAGAUGGAGGUCCCCUGCCCAGAGCAGCUCAGUGCGGAUGCAGUGUCUCUGCUGAAAGCGCUGCUCAUUUAUGAUCCAGAGAAACGGCUCGGCUCUGGUCCUGGGGGAGCACAAAGGAUCAAGUCCCACCCGUUCUUCAGUGACGUCCACUAGGGCAAACUGCUCUGAGGGGUGGAGGUCAUGGGGCUGCCGGGGGUCCCCCACAACGGGCAACACAAUGCACAAAACCAA